GGCGCCAAGUCUUGACACACUCACAGGAUAUGUAAAGUCUCAUUAUCCCCUAAUCAUUGGAAUCAAUCAGGCAUUAACAAGGGUCUCUACAUAUGCAAAUUGCAGCGAGGGCCAGGCCCCUAUAAAAGCUGACCGUGGCCAGGAGAGAUCCUCUGACACUUGGUGGAUUUACAUGUCACUUUGCACUGCAAACAUGGUGAAAUACUUUUCUGUGGACUGGCUGGCCCAGAACCAUGACGAUAGCAUUAAGGAGCAUUGUGCUGACAUGGAUACUACCCUUACCUGCAAACCACAUAUUCCCUGUAUGGUACAGCCAAACCCGCCACCCUUUGGCAAAAGUUACCUAGAGACAAAAACAAAAAUAGUAAAAGGCUUCGAAUACUUGGGGCCAGCGGAGAGCUUCGGACCCCAAGACUCUGCUCUGUGCUCACCGCUUGAUUCGUCAAACUGCACCUCACUGAUUUCUGACGUCAGCGAGUACCUCUCCGGCUAUGAGAGCGAUUCAGUUUCCCCGGAGAGCCUCUCUGUGGGCGAGGGGAACGAGGUGAGGAAAGACGGCGGACCACAGCGCCGGGUGCGCACAAAGUUUUCGCCUGAGCAGAUCAAGAAACUAGAAAGAAUAUUCAUCAAGCAGAAAUACUUGGACUCCGGAGAGAGAGAGAAGACCGCAGAGAAGCUGAACCUCACAGAAACUCAGGUGAGGACCUGGUUUCAGAACAGAAGGAUGAAGCUGAAACGGGAAGUCCAGGACUAUCUCACUCCUCCUGUCCCGCCGGUUAUUUUUCAGCCUCUGCCUCCGGUUCAAUACCACAGCAUGGCCGGACAUCUACCCCAUUACACGGGCCAUCCCUUUUACCCUUUACCGGUCCCGCAUCUGCUCCCCCAUCAGCAUAUGCCUCAUCACCACUACCCUCAUCGAACAAUGAUGCAUCACCCACAGUUUUACUGA